CAAUUUGGGCAAUGAAGUCUUUCACACUCUACGGCUGGCUCGUCUGUGCAUGGGUCCUCACCGUCUCUUUCCAGUAUGGCUAUCAUAUAUCUGCUCUAAACCAGCUUCAAGACGUGUUGACGUGUCGCCGCAUCGACACGUCAACCCCAGUCCAUUAUGGUCUUCCUACUUGCAUUCUUAUGAACGAUGCAACAUUCUCCCUCGUCACUUCUCUGUUCACUUUAGGUGGACUCUGUGGUAGUUUACUUGCCAACAUUGCCAUGGACCGCUACGGCCGAAAAGGUGCUACCCGAAUAAGCUCCGUUUGCAAUGCUGUAGGGGCGCUUCUAUCUGCUGUGGCUGCUUCCGUAACAGCAAUCGCUCUCGGAAGAUUCAUCGUUGGUUUCGCCGCGGGCGUAGGCAUAUGUGUUGGCCCCAUCUACCUGGCAGAAACUGCCCACCCCAAUAUCAGGGGGAAUCCUUGUCGUUCCUCAGGGGUCGGUACGCAAUUGGCCAUCGUCAUUGGGAUUAUGGUCACCCAAGUUAUGGGCUUCGGUCUUGCGACCCCUAAGCAUUGGCGCCUUGUAUUGUUUAUUUCAGCCGCACUUUCCAUUGUCCAGUGUUUCAUGAGCCCUGUUAUAACUGAAUCACCCGUCUACCUGAAGCGCAUCGGUUUGCCAGAGCAGCAGAAGCGUGCUUUGCAACGUUUAUGGAGUGACUACAUUCACCGAGAUUCCGAAGAACUUGUGGAUCAGCCGUUGCUGUCAAACGAAGAAAUGCCGCGUCCGGCUGUGGGAAAUAGGGCUACAGUUACCCUUCCGCAACUCUUCCGUACCCCCGAAUUACGUCGACCACUGUUCAUCGCUGUGUUUGCCAUGACUUCCCAGCAACUGUCAGUGCUAUACUAUAGCAAUGCCAUCCUGUCACGAGCGCUUCCUGCCCUCGCCCCCUAUGUCUCCUUGGUAAUUACUGUUGUCAAUUUUUUGAUGACUUUCCCUCCCAUUUUCUUGAUCGAGCGACUUGGCAGGAAGCAGCUGAUACAGCUCUCCGUCGCUGGGGCAAUCCUUUCGCAUCUCGCUGUUGGAUACGGCCUUAACACCGGAAUGGUUGCCAUCUCAAGUGUUGCCAUUGCGGUAUUUGUGAUGUCGUUCGCUAUUGGAUUAGGUCCCGUACCGUUUGUCAUUAUCCCAGAAGUCGCCCCCUCACACGUACAACUUUUACUACCUUCCUCAACUAAUCACCUCUCAGGGAUCAUGAACUUCGUCGUGGGCCUGGUGUUUCUCCCCCUCAGGAAUUUCCUUGCUGAUGGGGACCCCAUGAAAGAGGGAAGAGUAUUUUAUGUAUUCGCUGUAGCCUUACUUUGCUCGUCACUCGCCUUUUCGAAGUUCUACAGGCGCUGAUGUCUUAAUGCUUCGUGUCUUUAUGAGUUACCGUUACCUCCUUGUCGCAUACCCUUCUGAAGAUAUGCGGCACAGCCGUUCCCGAGUCAGUACCCGUUCAAAGGCGGUGGUAAGCUGCUGCUAUUGUAACGAGUGCUGGUAGAUACUAUUACGACCCGAAUUAGGAUACCAACCGUCUACUGUCCUG